AUGAUUGAGAAACCGCACAUUCGUAUUGGCAAUGUCUCCGGUGCCACGGGCGACCACCCGCAUGCCAUGGCACGCAUGGUGCGCUCUGGGAAUGUCCAUGUCAUCACAGGUGAUUGGCUAUCCGAGAUGAACAUUGCUUGGAAUGCCAUCACGAGACAGGAGGUCGACGAGAGCCUAGGAUAUGAGAAUGGCUUCUACCAGCAGCUUGAAGAAUGCAUCGAUGACAUCGUUGCGCGGGACAUUCGAGUCGUAACUAAUGCUGGCGCAUUGAAUGUCAUGGGCCUAUACAACAAAGUGAGGCGCCUCUGUGAGCAACGAGGAUACGAGAAUUGCGUGGUGGCCGCCGUAUUGGGAGACGACAUCACAGACUUGCUCGUGGACAAAGUCUCGGGCAAGAAGCACACGGGCUUCAAGCACUUGGACCAUCCCGAAAUCUCCCUUGACGACUGGAACUUCACGCCGUGCGCUGGAAAUGCCUACAUCGGCUGUUGGGGUAUCACAGCAGCUCUUCGAGCUGGUGCCAACAUUGUCAUAUGUGGAAGAUGCACCGAUGCUUCUCCAGUAAUGGGAGCAGCUGCGUGGUACUAUGGGUGGGGAGAGGACAAAUUCGACGAGCUGGCAGGAUCUUUGCUGGCUGCCCAUUUGAUCGAAUGUGGUCCAUAUGUUGUUGGAGCAAACUUUUCCGGCUUCAAAGACUUCCUUCCAGACCUCGUUGAUCUUGCGUUUCCCAUUGCUGAGAUCGACUCUAAAGGCGGCUGCGUCAUUACCAAAACUGCAGAGGGAGGAGGUCAUGUCACAGAAGGGACAGUAAAAGCCCAAUUGCUGUAUGAGCUUCAGGGUCACCUCUACCUGAAUCCGGACGUUGUCGCCGAUCUGUCAGCCGUUGCUGUAAGGGAAGAGGCAACAAAUCGCAUAAAGGUAACAGGCAUCAAGGGAUUGGCGCCUCCAGCUACGACCAAGGCCAUGAUAGCAGCCAGGGGAGGCUAUCAGGCUGAAGCAACAUUCUACAUCAAUGGAUUAGACGUUGUGGAAAAAGCUACCAUGAUGAAGAAUCAGCUGGCUCAUAUUUUCCGCGACAGUCGGUUCAGCAAACUCAGCAUUGAGCUCUACGGGACACCAGCUGAGAAUCCAUCAUCUCAGCAGGCUGGUACCGUGUCACUGAGAGUGUUUGCACAAGCUCGCAAGAAGGAAGACAUUGAUGAAAUGAACUUCAAGAUCCCGAUAUACGCCUUGCGUAUGCAGAGCUAUCCCGGCUACCACAUGAACCUCGACUUCCGAACAAUGACACCAAAGGCAUUCAUGGAGAUGUUCCCUGCACUGAUGCCGCUGUCAUUGGUAGAUCACCACGUCCAGCUGAGCACUGGAGAGGUUAUCAAGAUUGAUCCUCCAAGAAUCACAUCAACAUACCCCAUAGUACGGCCAUCGGCAGACACAACACAUCCGGUAGACCUUUUAUCCUUUGGCCCAACCGAAUUCGCUCCUCUCGGCAGCAUUGUCCAUGCAAGGUCGGGUGACAAAGCCGAUAAUUCCAACGUGGGUUUCUUUGUUCGAGAUGCCUCAGAGUAUCCGUGGCUGAGGACCCUAUUGAGUGUUCACAAACUCAAAGAACUUUUGGGCGAGGACUGGCAUCGCGGCAACCCGAACAGAAGGGUAGAACGAGUCGAGUUUCCCAACAUCAACGCUGUCCACUUUCGGAUACUUGACAAUCUAAAUGGAGGCAUAGCGUCAUCGGAUAGAAUUGAUGGGCUUGGAAAGGGAGUUGCCGAGUAUUUGCGCAGCAAAUAUGUGGAUAUACCAAGAGCAUUCUUAGAAAGAGGCCGGAUAUGA